AUGAGCACAAGAUAUUUUUUCAGCCCGGACUCAUUAUGCGAUUCGGGAAGUACGGUUUCCAAUUUUACGGUCGACACGACGAGUCCGCAUGCAAGGCCGUCUCGAAACUCGCCUCCUAUGUUGAUACGAUUGGCUAUGAAGAUAUCGAGGUCAAGGUGGUACAGUUUUCUCCGAAGAGUUUUCCACUACCAAAACGGGUCUGGGUCGGACCUCGGGCCCAACCCGUUCGAUUCGAAAAAGUGGAUGGCAAUGGAGUUGUCGGCAUUGGUGGUUCAAAUUAGUUUAACGUUUUACACGCUGAUUGUGUCCAAAGACGAGAGACCGGUUUGGCCCAUGAGACUAUGGGUUGUCGGUUAUGCUUUCGCGUGUUUCUUUAGUAUUGGGCUCCUCUGUUUGCGUUACAGGCUCGUUUACGUGGCCCAACCGGACGGUUACGGUUUUGAUGUUGAGCAGCAGGGGUACCAUCAAGACUCAAGCAGCUAUUAUCAUUCGAAAUUCAAGACAUGGGUGGAGCUGAUUUUGGCCAUAUGGUUUGUGAUGGGCAAUGUGUGGGUGUUCGACUCGCGGCUAAGCUCGUACAAGGGUGCACCGAGGCUCCAUGCACUCUGCAUCUCAAUCUUGGCUUGGAAUGCCAUCACCUACUCUUUCCCAUUUAUACUCUUUGUUAUGCUAUGCUGUUGUGUGCCGCUGCUAGGCGCCUUACUUGGAUACAACAUGAACGCCGCCUCGCUCAGCCGAGGGGCCACCCACGACCAGCUGGCAGCCCUGCCUAGCUGGCAAUACAACGGUGUUUUCGACCUUGACAAUCAAGAAGUUCCUGAGUGUUGCAUUUGCUUGGCCAAGUACAGUGAAAAGGAAGAAAUUAGGCAAUUGCCAUGUAAUCAUAUUUUUCACCUCAACUGUGUGGACCAUUGGCUCAGGAUAAUCUCUUGUUGUCCUCUAUGUAAGCAGGGGAUAGAGUGA